UUUUUUGCAGUAAUAUAUGUGUAGUGCAUGUUAUGUGUGUAUAAGAAUGCACAAACAAGAACAUUUUAUAUAAAAGGCACCUACAGUGAAUACUUAAGUUUUGGAGAGAAGGCACUAAAAAAUGAAAAUGAAAAUCUCUGCUGCAGGAUAUAGGGGCGCAUUACAGAGGGGUUGGAAAGAAAGGGCAAUGUUAAAGGCACACACCCUUUACUAGAAUUAUCUUCAAAAUUACUUAGGAAUGUUUAUGCAGAUCCGUGGAUUGGUAUUAGGCCGGUUCUGGAAAUUGUUGCUUCUACUUUUGAUAAAUAUCAUCCAUUUUAUUAAUACCUUAGACCAGAAGCAAUCAUUUAAUUUUGGCACUGGUCUUAUUUUGAAAAACACUGUAGUAAAGCCAAACGCUUCCCCUGAACACAUUGACUGCACAUCAGAUGGUCUGUUUCCCAGACAUUAGGUUAUACAGAGACUCGUAUUUGGGGAUUGAACUUCAACUUUACAAGAAAUCAUUUAGCAUAUUCGGGCUGUUGGCCAGUUCCCUUCGGAUGAUUAGAAGUAGUGGCUGUGAGAGGCGCUGCUAUUGGGCAGUGUAGAUAGGAAAUUAGGAGGAGAGUGUGUGAGAUCUGCACUCAGGGGAGGGAGGGGUGCUUCCCUUAAUGGCGCACAACCCCCAUAGUAUCAGAUCCCAGCAGCACCACAGCAGUAAGUGAAGGCAGAAUACCAUAGAACUACAAACCCUUACUUGCUGGUCAUUUGUUGCAAAAUAUUAAGAUUGAUCCUUUCUAGAUGAACAAGCCGUUUUUAGUUUCACACAGCCAGCCUCUCUGUUAUCUUUACUCCGAGAGGGUUGUUAAAGAAAGCAAUAGAUUUCUGUUGUACAAAUGCCAAGAAACUGGGUACAGUGGCUUGCGUUUUUACGCAUCCAAUCUCUACUUCUAAACGCUGCGCGUCCGGCGCAGAAAGAUCCAAGCAAGCUAAUAUUAAAUGCUACGGAUAUUGGUGUUCUGGCUCUGUGGGAUGUGCAUCGUUUUAUUGCCAAAGGAUAGUCAGGGUAUGACACAGGAGACCCUCCCCUGGCCAUAUGGGAAUCAGUAAGCGCGGGGUAAAUGCUGCUGCUGCUGCUUCGGGCACAGGGAGACAGUGAAUUGUCUUGGGUUGUGUCUUGGCAUCAGGCACUACAGUGAGAAGGGGGGUCUAUAUAAGAAGGAUGUCAUGGCAGGAAUAAAUCCAGUAGUGGCACUGGCACAGCUCCCCCUUGGUUUAUACAUGGGUGAUCCCUGCAUUGAGCUCUGGAUAUAAUUUCCGUAGGCGCACGAGGAUCCUGCUAGGAGAUAACAGCUGUUGGUACAGAGGGGAUCUUUUUAAGGGCACAUGAGGUUCCUGUGGUAGGGGCAGAGGACCCUGUUGCAUCCACUGCCUUCAGUCCGGCGCAGGGAGAGCCCAGGGGAAGGCAGGAGUUCCACAGCAGAUUACACGCUCCUAUGAAACGAGCAAGUGACGAUCUGUUUCUUCCCUUGAGAUGGCUACAAAAGAAAAGGGCCCAUACUUGUAGCUUGUCAAUUUCCCCGUGUGAUCACAUGACCAGCACCUCCCUGCUAAGGAUGGGGAUAGAUUUCCACGUCAGCUUACGUCUUCCAAUUUCUACUUCACGGAUCUGCUUCAAAGAGGCAGCUGCAUUAGGGAAUGAUGUUAAGCUCAGCUAAUGCGGACAGCCCGAGGUAGCCUAAUGAUGGAUUUUGAUGAGCGGGUUCCUUGCUCCUCUAACAUGUAUUUGCCAAGUUGCACUUACUACGUUUCGGGUCCUGAUUUCUCCAGCCUUCCAUCAUUCCUGCCCCAAACCCCUUCUUCUCGUCCCAUGACAUAUUCCUAUUCUUCCAACCUGCCCCAGGUCCAACCAGUGCGAGAAGUUACCUUCAGGGAAUAUGCCAUUGACACGUCCAGUAAGUGGCACCAUAGGAACAAUGUGCCCCAUUGCUACUCAGCAGAGGAGAUCAUGCACAGGGACUGCCUGCCUGCGACCAACACUGCUAGCGUGGGCGAAAUGUUCGCCAAAAAUCCCUCCAAUGUCUACCACCCCAAUGCCAACGUUUCCUCCAAUUUCUAUAGCACAGUGGGCAGGAAUGGGGUGCUGCCACAAGCCUUUGAUCAGUUCUUUGAGACAGCCUAUGGCACCACAGAAAGCCAAGCCUCGGAUUAUUCUGUGGACAAGACUUGCGACAAAGUUGCGGCCGCAACGGCGACAACUUCAAGUUCGGAGACGUGCAGAGAGCCGGAGGAGAAGGAGAGGAGGGCAGAGAGCAGCAGCAGGAGCAGCAGCAGCAGUUCCCAGUCAUCUUCCGGCAACAAUGAGGACAAAGCCAACAGCAGCAGUGGGCAGCGUACACGCAAAAAAAGGUGCCCGUAUACCAAAUACCAGAUUAGAGAACUGGAAAGGGAAUUCUUCUUUAGCGUCUAUAUUAACAAAGAAAAGCGCCUGCAGCUCUCACGGAUGCUCAACCUGACUGACCGACAAGUCAAGAUCUGGUUCCAGAACAGGAGGAUGAAAGAGAAGAAAAUUAACAGAGACCGCCUGCAGUACUAUUCUGCUAACCCACUGCUAUGAGACUAGUUGCUAGUCACCUUAAUCAAGUCCACAGUUUUACAGUCAGACAUAUGGACCAGACAGGAAUACAUGUUUCUAUGGGCUCACCCCAGCUUGGAACUUCCCUUGGCCCUGGUUUUUGAUUUACCCCACAGUGAAAAUGGAAUAACGAAGGCCCUCAACUUUCUGGUUAUGGCUAAACCAAUACAGGUUGUAGGGUACACUCUUUGAUACACACAAUGGACACUAGUUGUUUUGUCAUUCGGGAUCAAUACAAACAAUUCUCAUGCUAUAAGCUCCCCCUCACUUUUUCACUCUACCAAAGAGUCCAAGCAAAUACAAUCAUUGGUAGAGCCAACUCCUUUCCCUUGUGGGAUUUAAGGGAACAUCUUACUACAGAGGAAGAAUUAACUGUUUAAUUCAAUGCUGAUUCACCUCAAUCUGUUACUCUGUGAAUUCAUGUUUUUAUUGCAAAGAAGCAACUCCUCAACAUGAAAUAUGAAGUCUGCACUUUCUUUGCUAAUAUCAAUCCGCCUGGGAGUCACUUGUGGUAAUGGAAAGUUUAGACAGAGACAAGCAAGCAUUGCAAUCUGACUCCACAAGGCAAAUAAUCAGCAUACAGAGAAAGUAAUAAUAGCAUAAAAAGUAACAAAUAUAUAGAUGUUAUCUUUUUUUUUCAUACCAAAUGGCAACAAAUAGGGCUGCAGUCUGCAGUAGAGUGCACAGGUUAUAAUCUAAGUUUAAAUGAAAUCUCUUUGCAAUAUAGUUGACCUUAUGAGAACCAAAGUUAUUAAAUACAAUUAUUAAAAAAAAAAAAA